UAAGGCAUCGGUGCGUGCGGGAAAAAAAAGGGGAAAAAAAAAGAAAAAGGAAAAAAGGUUUUCUCGUCGAUUUCUCCAUCGCCAUGGAUCCGUACAAGCAUCGACCAUCGAGCGCUUUCAACUCGCACUUUUGGACCACCAACUCCGGUGCUCCGGUCUGGAACAAUAACUCCUCUCUCACCGUAGGAUCUCGAGGGCCUAUUCUUCUUGAGGACUAUCAUCUCAUUGAGAAGCUUGCACAAUUCGAUAGAGAACGCAUUCCUGAACGUGUUGUUCAUGCUAGGGGAGCCAGUGCCAAGGGUUUCUUUGAGGUGACUCACAAUGUUUCUCAUCUCACUUGUGCUGAUUUCCUUCGGGCUCCAGGGGUGCAGACCCCUGUCAUUGUUCGCUUCUCGACUGUCAUUCAUGAGCGCGGGAGUCCUGAAACCUUGAGAGACCCACGAGGCUUUGCCGUGAAGUUCUACACCAGAGAGGGUAACUUUGAUCUUGUUGGGAACAACUUCCCUGUCUUCUUCAUCCGUGAUGGGAUAAAGUUCCCUGACAUGGUGCAUUCUCUCAAGCCAAACCCAAAAUCCCAUAUCCAAGAAAAUUGGAGGAUCGUUGACUUUUUCUCACACCAUCCAGAGAGCUUGCACAUGUUCACCUUCCUCUUCGACGAUGUUGGUGUUCCACAGGAUUACAGGCACAUGGAUGGUUCCGGUGUCAACACCUACACUCUCGUCAACAAAGAAGGGAAGGCUCAUUAUGUUAAGUUCCACUGGAGACCAACCUGCGGUGUGAAGAAUUUGUUGGAGGAUGAGGCUGUCAUUGUAGGAGGCAAUAACCACAGCCACGCCACCAAGGAUCUUUAUGACUCAAUUGCUGCAGGAAAUUAUCCAGAGUGGAAGCUUUUUAUUCAAACCAUUGAUCCUGAUCAUGAGGAUAAAUUUGACUUUGAUCCCCUUGAUGUUACCAAGACUUGGCCAGAGGAUAUCAUUCCUCUUCAGCCAGUUGGGCGUAUGGUCCUGAACAAGAACAUUGACAAUUUUUUUACAGAAAAUGAGCAGCUAGCUUUCUGUCCAGCAAUUGUUGUGCCCGGAAUUUACUAUUCUGAUGAUAAGCUGCUGCAAACUAGGAUUUUCUCUUAUGCUGACACUCAGAGGCACCGUCUUGGGCCGAACUACCUAAUGCUCCCAGCUAACGCUCCCAAGUGUGCUCAUCACAACAACCACCAUGAUGGUUUUAUGAAUUUCAUGCACAGGGAUGAGGAGGUGAACUAUUUCCCUUCAAGGUACGAUCCUGUUCGUCAUGCGGAGAGAUUCCCGAUACCACCUGGUGUCCUUAAUGGAAGACGUGAGAAGGUUAUUAUUGCUAAGGAAAACAACUUCAAGCAGCCUGGAGAGAGAUACCGCUCAUGGGAUCCUGCCAGGCAAGAACGUUUCAUCCACAGGUGGGUGGAUGCGUUGUCGGACCCCAGGGUUACCCACGAAAUCCGUAGCAUUUGGAUAUCAUAUUGGUCUCAGGCUGACAGGUCUCUGGGGCAGAAGCUGGCAACCCGUCUCAAUCUCAAGCCAAGCAUGUAGAUGAAGCAUUCAUGCAAGUCCAAAUGUUCGCCAGUCAGUGUUUAUGCACAGAAAAUUUAGUGUCCCAGUGUCUAAAUACAAAGCUUAUAUUGAUAUAAGUAAACUUCAAAUGAACAAUGGAGCCUUGAUACUGUAAUCUUAUAGUAAUGUAAUAAGGUACAUUGCAUGUGAGUUGAGUUUGAUCUGUUGGAGGUUGCCCUAAAUGCGAUGAAGUUUAUGCCUA